GCGGUAGUGGCGGCGGCUCCCGGGCGGCAGCGGGAGCGGCAGCCCUGAGGAGGGUGAGACGGCGGCGGUGGCGGCAGCUCGGGGUCGGGCAGCGCCUGAAGCUUCCCGCCCGUCGCUGGCGCUAGGCCCCCGUGCUCUCCUCCGCCGGGUCUUCCUCACGGCCCUGGCCGGGGCAGGGCAGCGCGCCCCCGGGGAGGGCGGAGCCGUAGAUAAUGGCGUAAGCUAUUUCUUCAAGAUUGGACAGCUGAGGACCUGUUAUUUCUGAUUAGCCUUAAGCGGACUUAUAGCCAUAGAGAAACAGAGUUCCAUAUUUUGGUUUUGCUUUACACUUGUCCUGGCACCUGAAUUCAACUUGCAACCAUGUAUGGAAGUGCUCGCUCAGUUGGGAAGGUGGAAUCAAGCAACCAGAGUCCUGGGCGUUCACCUAGGCUUCCACGUUCCCCUCGCUUGGGUCAUCGUCGAACCAAUAGUACAGGAGGGAGUUCUGGAAGCAGUGUCGGAGGUGGCAGUGGGAAAACCCUUUCAAUGGAGAAUAUUCAAUCCUUGAAUGCUGCCUAUGCCACUUCUGGCCCUAUGUACCUAAGUGACCAUGAAAAUGUGGGUUCAGAAACACCUAAAAGCACCAUGACACUUGGCCGAUCUGGAGGACGUCUGCCUUAUGGUGUGAGGAUGACUGCCAUGGGCAGUAGCCCCAAUAUAGCGAGCAGUGGGGUUGCUAGUGACACUAUCGCAUUUGGAGAGCAUCACCUCCCUCCUGUGAGCAUGGCAUCUACCGUUCCUCACUCUCUUCGUCAGGCAAGAGAUAAUACAAUCAUGGAUCUUCAGACACAGCUGAAGGAAGUAUUAAGAGAGAAUGAUCUCUUGCGAAAGGAUGUAGAAGUAAAGGAGAGCAAAUUAAGUUCUUCAAUGAAUAGCAUCAAGACCUUCUGGAGCCCAGAGCUGAAGAAAGAACGAGCCCUGAGAAAAGAUGAAGCUUCCAAAAUCACUAUUUGGAAGGAACAGUAUAGAGUUGUGCAGGAGGAAAACCAGCACAUGCAAAUGACAAUCCAGGCUCUGCAGGAUGAAUUGCGGAUCCAGAGGGACCUGAACCAGCUGUUUCAACAAGAUAGUAGCAGUAGGACUGGUGAACCUUGUGUGGCAGAGCUGACGGAGGAGAACUUUCAGAGGUUGCAUGCUGAGCAUGAGCGACAGGCCAAAGAACUCUUCCUUCUUCGAAAAACUCUGGAGGAAAUGGAACUACGGAUUGAGACUCAGAAGCAAACCCUGAAUGCUCGGGAUGAAUCCAUCAAGAAGCUUCUGGAGAUGUUGCAGAGCAAGGGCCUUUCUGCUAAGGCUACUGAGGAAGACCAUGAGAGAACAAGGAGACUGGCAGAGGCAGAGAUGCACGUCCAUCACCUAGAAAGCCUUUUGGACCAGAAGGAAAAAGAGAAUGCUCUGUUGAGAGAGGAGAUGCAUCGGAGAUUUGAGAAUGCCCCGGAUUCUGCCAAAACUAAAGCUCUGCAAACUGUUAUUGAGAUGAAGGAUUCAAAAAUUUCCUCUAUGGAGCGUGGGCUCCGAGACUUGGAAGAAGAGAUUCAGAUGCUGAAAUCAAAUGGGGCUUUGAGUACUGAGGAACGAGAAGAAGAAAUGAAGCAAAUGGAGGUCUAUCGCAGCCAUUCCAAGUUUAUGAAAAAUAAGGUAGAGCAACUGAAGGAGGAGCUAAAUUCCAAAGAGGCUCAAGGGGAGGAGCUGAAAAAGAGAGCGGCUGGUCUUCAGGCCGAGGUCUUUGCCAUUGGUCAGGUGAAGCAGGAAUUGUCCAGGAAGGACACAGAACUACUAGCCCUACAGACAAAGCUAGAAACACUCACAAACCAGUUCUCAGACAGCAAGCAGCACAUUGAAGUGUUGAAGGAGUCCUUGACGGCUAAGGAGCAGAGGGCCGCCAUCCUGCAGACUGAGGUGGAUGCUCUGCGGUUGCGUUUGGAGGAGAAGGAAACCAUGCUGAAUAAGAAGACAAAACAGAUACAGGAUAUGGCUGAGGAGAAGGGGACACAAGCUGGAGAGAUCCAUGACCUCAAGGACAUGCUGGAUGUGAAGGAACGGAAAGUUAAUGUUUUGCAGAAGAAGAUUGAAAAUCUCCAAGAGCAACUUAGAGAUAAGGAAAAGCAGAUGAGCAGCUUGAAGGAGCGAGUCAAAUCAUUGCAGGCUGACACCACCAACACUGACACUGCCUUGACAACUUUGGAGGAGGCCCUUGCGGAGAAGGAGCGGACUAUUGAACGCUUGAAGGAGCAACGGGACCGAGAUGAGCGAGAAAAACAGGAGGAAAUUGAUAACUACAAAAAAGAUCUUAAAGAUUUGAAAGAAAAAGUCAGCCUAUUGCAAGGCGACCUCUCAGAGAAAGAGGCUUCACUCUUGGAUCUGAAAGAACAUGCUUCUUCUCUGGCUUCCUCAGGACUGAAAAAGGACUCACGGCUUAAGACACUAGAAAUUGCUUUGGAGCAGAAGAAGGAAGAGUGUCUGAAAAUGGAAUCACAGUUGAAAAAGGCACAUGAGGCAACAUUGGAAGCCAGAGCCAGUCCAGAGAUGAGUGAUCGAAUACAGCAGUUGGAGAGAGAGAUUGCCAGGUACAAAGAUGAAUCUAGCAAAGCCCAGGCAGAAGUUGACCGCCUCUUGGAAAUCUUGAAGGAGGUGGAAAAUGAGAAGAACGACAAAGAUAAGAAGAUUGCUGAGUUGGAAAGUCUCACUUCAAGGCAGGUGAAAGACCAGAAUAAGAAGGUCGCCAAUCUGAAGCACAAGGAGCAGGUGGAGAAGAAGAAGAGUGCCCAGAUGCUGGAGGAGGCUCGGCGCCGGGAAGAUGACCUCAAUGACAGCUCACAGCAGCUGCAGGACAGUCUCCGUAAGAAGGAUGACAGGAUUGAAGAGCUGGAAGAAGCAUUAAGAGAAAGUGUACAGAUAACUGCAGAGCGAGAGAUGGUGCUGGCACAAGAGGAGUCAGCCAGGACCAAUGCUGAAAAACAGGUGGAGGAAUUACUGAUGGCCAUGGAGAAAGUAAAACAGGAGCUCGAGUCCAUGAAAGCGAAGCUGUCCUCAACUCAGCAGUCACUGGCAGAGAAGGAAACUCAUUUGACCAACCUUCGGGCUGAGAGAAGGAAACACUUAGAGGAAGUUCUGGAGAUGAAGCAGGAAGCCCUUCUGGCUGCCAUCAGUGAGAAGGAUGCCAACAUAGCUCUUUUGGAGCUUUCGUCCUCCAAGAAAAAGACCCAGGAGGAAGUGGCCGCCCUGAAGCGGGAGAAGGACCGGCUGGUGCAGCAGCUCAAGCAGCAGACACAAAAUCGAAUGAAGCUAAUGGCGGACAAUUAUGAGGAUGACCACUUCAGAUCCUCCCAUUCCAAUCAAACCAAUCAUAAACCCUCCCCAGACCAGAACAUCCAGCCCCUCUUAGAACUUGACCAAAAUAGAAGCAAACUAAAGUUGUACAUUGGACACCUGACGGCCCUCUGCCAUGACCGAGACCCCCUGAUCCUUCGAGGACUCACUCCACCAGCUUCCUACAACUUGGACGAUGACCAGGCAGCAUGGGAGAAUGAGCUACAAAAGAUGACCCAGGAGCAGCUUCAGAACGAGUUAGAGAAAGGUGAGCGAGAUAACACGGAGCUGCAGGAGUUUGCCAACGCCGUCCUCCAGCAGAUAGCAGACCACUGCCCCGACAUCCUGGAGCAGGUGGUCAAUGCGCUAGAAGAGUCAUCCUGACCGUCUUCGUGGGGAGGGGAUGGCCCAGCAGCCCAACAAGUGAACCCAGCAGCCGGGCAAGGAGAAGAACGAGGACCAGGCACCCAGCAGCUUCUUGGCACAAACACAGGACCUCUGUCUGUCCUGGCCAGCCCUCGAACAUGGUUUCAGCUCUGUUCCCACAUCUGUUCUCUCCCUCCACCUUUCUGCUCUGAUGUUGUCUCUACACUGAUUCUUCUGAUGUCCAGGUGGGUAAGUAGCCAGGUCUCCUCGAAGAGCUGCCAUCCAGUCCUGAGCCCUGAACACCUUGGAUGCUGGCGGCUACACCCUCUCACCUCUGUCCUUGACAUGGGGACUACACCUGGAAUCUGCAGGUUCAACACGAAGAUAACGCUCCAGAGGGCCGAGUGUUCUAAUACCACAACAGGUGCUUUCUCCCCAAAGGGUAAAAAAAAUCUCAAAAAGAGUAUCACAAGAAGAGAAAAGGGGAAAGAGAGCAGGGCAGAGAAGAACCCAACUCUUCUUCGUUCUGUCUCUCCAGCUUCCACUGCACUCGGGACAUCUGUGCAGGGGCUGUGGGCAGCUGCAGUGGCCCAGGGUUAGAGCCUUCCUACCCUCCUGCCCCCGGUCCUUGGUCCUCUCCUCACUAGCGUGAGUCACUCAUUGAGAGAAGAGGGCACUGUCACCACCUCUGAGGUCUGCUUCUGGGAAGGGGACAUUCCUUGGGGUCAGGCCAGUUUCUCCUAACAUCUCCCCUGCCAGCCGUCUGGGCCCCAGAGGGUGCUUCUGCCUCCACCCCCACACCCCCCGUUCCAAGCCAGCCGCCCAUCCUCCACUUUAGCCUUUCUCCUGAUCUGUGCCCCCAGAACCAGAGCCUUGCACAGUGCCUGGAACCCGCUUCUGGGACAAACCAGUGCUUCUCAUCCCUUCCCCCUUUCUUUGAUUCAGAUAAUGUUUAUGAAGUGCCUACUGUGUGCAAGUCAUACCAGGCACCUGUCCUUAAAGCCUCUCUGCGGUGAAGGAGGGGUGUCAUUCUGUGAGAAACACCUGGUCGAGUCAGAGCAAUAAAAGACAUACCCUUCCCUUCCCCAUCUUAAUAGAAGGUGUCUUUUCCAGAAAAAUCUUCCACAAAUCAGCACUUCUCAUUAUAAUGGAAUUUAUGAGUUUGGGGGGCAAGGGGCUAGUCAUUUACCACAGGAUCCCAUUUGGUAACUCUGGAUUUUUGGUGUUUGUUUCCCUGAAAGAGCUUUCCACAUGUGGAGCUACCAUAGUAGACCGUGUUUCCUUUAUACACCUGUGUGCACCUUGUGGCUGGCUCCAAGUAGCAAAUCCGAAAAUUGACUAGUUGCAGAUCUGGUCGAAGGUAUCGAGGUUUUCCCCAGGCAGAGACAAUGGCAGUCAUAAAUCUCAGGCACCAAGAAUUAGACCACUUAACCCAAAUCGAGCCCUUUGACCCAUCUACGGCCAGACCCCACCAGACACUCACAUCCUCUGAUAAGAGUUGCUGGGCUAAAUGGUUUUGUCUUGCAUUUUCUUCCUUCCCCUUCCCCAAUUACUCAUCCAAAGAAUCUGAUGCUGCCUGUCAGGUCAUCAUAGCCAUCAGUCCCGUAUCUUCCACCAGCAGCCCUUGACUGUCCCAUUAACUUAUAUGGUCACGUCCCCCGCUGCGCUGACUCCCUGCUGUAAAACAGUCUCUCCCUGUGAGACGCUGUCGAGUGCUCCUUAUCAAAGCUUAGAUGGCCUCUGCUCAUCAAUUUCUUACAGAGGUGCUUCCUGACAGCCAGGCUGGUCGGACAGGGAGUGUGGGGGAAUUAGAUGGUGAGUGAUAGCCGUUCGCAGCCAGUUACCUCAAAUCCACUUUUCACUGUGCAGCCCGCAAAUCAUGUAGAAAGCCCCCGGCAUUUAGGGCUGGAGUAUUGGACUCUCACGUUUUCUGCCGCAGUGCAAAGAACUGAGGAACAGUAGCACCUUCACAGGACCACGGCCAGAGAAAGCAGAAGAGGCCACGUGCAGAGCAACAGGGUGGCCUGGCCUGCUGUUCUUAGCUGGUCGUGCAAGGGAAAGCCUCAAGCAGGUCUCCUGGGUCCAACUGCCUCCACCUUGAGCGUCAGAUACGUCCCUGCCGGCCCCUCCUUCCUACGCCUCUUCAUUCCAGCCCUUCCUGUAGCCUCCCCUCCAGAGGCCUGUGGGAUUCCUCUGGACAAGUGCUUCUGAGAGGAAGUUUCUGGGCAGAUGGGGCUCUCCUUAGUGCUCCGUGGGUGGUCAUCCUAACAUCCCAUAUGAUUCUUGGGGACCGUUUGGUCCUGGGUGAAAGUCAGCUCUGGCUAAAGUUCAGUAGUGGACAGAGUGCCCUGCCUCUGUGAUCUAGGGGCAGAGUUAACAUAGUUUCUAGCAUCUAGAGUUCCUUACUGAGUUUAGAUCCUUCAAGGAGCCAGCAUUUACUAAAUGCACAACUCCAACCACACCAUCUGGGUCAUUCCAUCACUUCUUCUGAUGUUCAUGGUGUCACAAGGUCACAUAGCUGCAACCGAAGAUCUGGAACCUUGAAAAGUCACUGCAGAUUGCCUGUGAUGUUCCCAAACUCAUCCAUUCCAUUGGCAAGUCCAGUUGCCCCUUUGCACCUGAAGCUCUGUGCCCCUGAAGGGGGCAGCAAGGAGAGAGUAGGCUCAGGACUGAAGAAACCAUGUGACCUCCUCACCUUCCCCUGUGCCUCCACCAAGCAAGUUCUCGAUACAGCAGCUGAAUUGCGAUGCACAGAGACUUGGAAACCCCUUGAAAUGAAGAAAGAUUUUAAGUGGGCUUCAGCAUAUUGGAAGCUUGAAUAGGGUCCCCAAAUCCAUCUUGGCUCUAACCUUAACCUCACACUUACCAUCUGAGGGUGACCUGAGUGCGCCUCUCUUCCUUACUCAUGGGCUUUAAAAGUCCUAGCAAAGCUGAUGGGAUCCAAGACACAUUCAGUGGCGAUAGUGGCACCUGGACCAGGCCCUUUGUGUCAGCAAAGGUCUGCUUGACUUUCCAUGAGGAGCUCACUGGCCAACCCGCUCCUCGGAGAGGAGAGGACGGAAAGUCGUCCCCAAGUUUCCCCCGAUCACUGGCAUUUGGGUUUGCUGCUUGAGUCCUGCUGAUCCAGAGCCAUGUGCCCUCCAGUUGACCCCACUCCACAAGCACAGGCCCACAGCUGCCCUUGGGGUCUUGGCUGAAAGAGCAGGUGGAGGAGGACAUCAUCAUGGGAGCAUGGCCCUCACGUGGCCUUUCCUGAGUCCCCGUGGACCUUGUGUCAGCAGCAGCAGCCAGAGGCUCACCCACCACUGCCACCCGGGCUCCUCAGCAGGGACUCGAUCCUUUCAAAGAAAUGUUUUAAGAGAAAUUUGGCAUCUCCCCCAUGUGAACCAAGGGAAUAUUUGGGCAAGAAAAAAACAGACAGGGAAAUCCUUCUGAACAAAAUGGCUGUCUUUAUUUACUCUUUUUAAACAAAAACUUUCCAAACUUUUUAGUGUCAAAACUGUAACCAAGUGUCUCCCAGUUUUUUCCAAUGUGUUUGGCGAGUGCUGUGACCCUGUUGUCGGUAUUUCUCCUCCUGCCUCUCUUGGGGGAGAGGUGGUUUUAGGGAUUGGUUUGGAGGGAGCGAGUUUUCAUCCAAUCCCACCUCCUCUCUUGUUUCUCUGCUUGUCCAUGUCAUCUGUGUGGUUCAGAGAAUUGGGUUGGAUUCAUUGUGUCCAUUGUUGAGAUUAUUAAGAUAUUAAAAAGUAGUUGUAGAACUGAAAAAUUAAAGAGCUGUGUUUAAAAGAUGCAAACCAAUAUCACAUUAAUAAAGGAAUUCAAGCUAUGGAGCAGCCAGCCUCCUCCCCUGCUCCCGACCUGGGCAAGCGCAGUGGCCACAUCCAGGCUGGCAGCCACCUGGUGAGGGAGGCAGCGGGUGAAGAAGAGGAGCAGGAACCUGGGGCCCAGAGUCCAGUCGUGCCAGAGUUUGCCCACACAUCCUCAGGACCUCUGGUCAAGGUUUCCAGAUUGGUGACCCCUUAACCACCCUCACCCUACAUUGGUCCCAGCUCAGUGUGCCUAAUACCGUGUGGUCGCCUGGGCUUGGCUGGAGCCCCAUGCCUGGCAACAGCCCUGCACAGGCCAUAGAACCUCUUCCUGCCCACUUGGUGCUAUAUCAUCCAGUGACCCAUCCAAAAUGGGCCAAGCCCUGGCCAGCCUGGAGCCUGCAAUCCAGGGGAGAGAGUCCUACCCCAGCUUCUUCUGGCUUCAGUCCCUAGAUUCUUCCCCUGUGAGCUCUUUAGACCCCAGGUCUCCUGGGCCCAGCAAUGCCCUGGCCAGGAAAGCAAGUGACCCCUGCUGAAGCCAGAGUCCAUCCUGGGCCGGGGCGGCCCCCUCCCACACCACAGCAGUAUUGCCUUCGUCCCUGGGCAGUAGACCUGAGGGCAGUCCGCCAUCUGGGGGUCCUGCGAGCACAGUGGGCUCCAGGGGUCGCUCCCCUCGCUCCAAAAGGAGAGCCUCGCUUUAGUGAGGAGCUGAGGGCACUGGGGGCCGACUCUUCGUAGCUUGAGUUCCUUCUGGCGAUGGCAGCAGCCGCAAUGGUGGUGUCUUGAACAGACAUAUUGCUGCCUUCAAAUGUGUGUGCAACGGCCCGAGUUGUGUCACUGACAGGAUCGUGACAUUACAGAGAAAUUGUGUUAGAGUCAACUUUGCCUUGAUAAUUAUUGUAAACACUAUUCAUUUUUUUCUUUUUUAUUCACAAACUAAACCCAUCGGGAAAUUAUAAAGUUAUUUAAAAACUG